UUAGUAGCCACUGUCGCUGGCCUUAUAUGUAAUAAUAUUAGGGGGAGAGCAUCGGACAAGAAUUUAAUUAAGCCAGUUAUUCAGAAGAUGAAUGCAGCGACAGCAGAUGAUGAUUACAAUGAUAUUGAGAACAGCAGCAGCAGCAGGAACACAAGAAGAAGACUGUAUGUCAAGGUUUACAUGGAAGGGCAUGCCAUUGGAAGAAAGCUGGACCUAUUAGCCCAUCAUGGCUUUCAUGACACGAUAUGGACACUCCAACAUAUGUUCAACACCAACAUUCUCUGGGGAGAUGAUGUGGACAGAGUGCACUCUGGUCAUUACGAACUUCAUGUUUUGACAUAUGAGGACGAGGAAGGGGAUUGGCUCAUAGUCGGUGAUGUUCCUUGGAAGUAAGUCUAUUUCAUCAAUUCAUUAUCUCAAUCCAUAUUCUUAAUCGCAUCCUAACUCCCACAUAGUUUUCAGUCACAAUAUUUCCUGUCCUUGUGCUUAAUUUAAUUCUACAUCAAUUUUAUGCUUGCAGGAUGUUCUUGUCCGCAGCGAAAAGAUUGAAGAUCACUAGGACUUUUCCAUGAUGAUUUUCAAAUAGUCUAUCUUAAUCUUACCUACAAGGACAAACUUUAGAGCCAGUGUAGCCUGCAGUUUUGAAAAUAGGGUGGGAAGCUAAGUGCAGGAGUGACAAUGGAGUUACUGGUAGGGUGUUGGGAUGGUGCUGGGCCUUAGAAUGUGCGUUUUUGAGGCCAAGUGUGGCCUCUCUAUUUGUUAUAGUGAAAUGCUACGAGCAGUCAACCACACCCGCAUGCAUCUAUCGUUUAUCAAAUUUCAAUCCUUGACGAGAGAGAGAUUGUGUAUGAUAAUGAUGUUUCACAAGUACAGAAGAACUGUAGUCUGAGCAAAACUAGACCUAGGAGUGGUACCGUAUAAGGCACGCAACAAAAAAUACAAGACUCUUCAGCAAGCUGAUAAGUCCUAUAAAAACAAUAUGUGCUUAUAUAUGCAGUUAGGCACACUUUUAAUCAGUAAGUAAUAGUCUCAUCAGUGGCAUAUUUGCAGAAGCAGCUACCUAAAAAUGAGGACAACUUACAGAUAAAGGCAGAUGCAAAAUUAUUCACAACUUAUCAAACUCAGGUAUCCCUCCCUGUUUACGAUCAAUCUUUCUUUAGCAUGGUUGUUAUACUAGUUAUCAUUGUCAUCAGGGUUAUUAAAAAAAAAAAAAAAAAAUCAACUGUUUCUCACCUGAUGUUCCUUUUGAUCCUUACCAGGUAGAUUCGGUAGUUUCUGAAUCCUUAAGUACGGAAUUGCAGUAACGGUGGUAUGAUGAAGAUCCGGAAAAACGGCUAAACAGAUCAGCAUCACCCAGGUUACUAAGAUGCACGAAAAAUCAUAUGAAACAGGCUGAUACUUUUCAUUCCCACAAAAUAUUCAUUUAUCUUAACCAAAGAGUACAAAAAUAAUAUGAUUCUGUUACAGAAGGCAGUAGAGGAAUAUAACACUUGAAGUUGAUGCCUUUGUCUCCCACAGAAAACUUCUCUGAACCUCGAGUAAGAGGAAAAUUGGUAGAGGCCUGGAGUUCUCCUUUGAGCAGGAUCAAACAUAUAUAGUAUUUCAGGCCAAAAA